ACCCAGAGCCGGGCCGGCGGGCCGGCGCCGCCGGGCAGGAUGGUGGACACCGAGAGCCCGAUCUGCGCCCUCUUCCCCCUCGAGGCCGACGACCUGGAGAGCCCGCUCUCGGAAGAGUUCCUGCAGGAAAUGGGCAGCAUCCAGGACAUGUCCCAGUCCCUCGGGGAGGACAGCUCCGGGAGCUUCAGCUUCACCGACUACCAGUACCUAGGCAGCGGCCCCGGGUCCGAGGGCUCCGUCAUCACGGACACGCUUUCCCCGGCUUCGAGCCCCUCGUCGGUGUCUUACCCUGUGGUCCCCGGCAGCGCCGACGAGGCCUCCAGCACAGCACUCAACAUCGAAUGCAGAAUCUGUGGGGACAAAGCCUCGGGCUACCAUUACGGGGUUCACGCGUGUGAAGGCUGCAAGGGGUUCUUCCGGCGAACCAUCCGCCUGAAGCUGGUGUACGACAAGUGUGACCGGAGCUGCAAGAUCCAGAAAAAGAACCGGAACAAGUGCCAGUACUGCCGCUUCCACAAGUGCCUUUCGGUCGGGAUGUCCCAUAACGCAAUCCGUUUUGGACGAAUGCCAAGAUCCGAAAAAGCGAAACUGAAAGCUGAAAUCCUCACAUGUGACCACGACGUGGACGAUUCGGAAACGGCGGACCUCAGGUCGCUGGCCAAGCGCAUCCACGAGGCCUACCUGCGGAGCUUCAACAUGAACAAGGGCAAGGCCCGCGGCAUCCUCGCCGGCAAGGCCAGCAACAGCCCGCCCUUCGUCAUCCACGACAUGGAGACGCUGUGCAUGGCCGAGAAGACGCUGGUGGCCAAGCUGGUGGCCAACGGCAUCCAGAACAAGGAGGCGGAGGUGCGCAUCUUCCACUGCUGCCAGUGCACGUCCGUGGAGACCGUCACGGAGCUCACGGAGUUCGCCAAGGCCAUCCCCGGCUUCGCGGGCCUGGACCUCAACGACCAGGUCACGCUGCUCAAGUACGGCGUGUACGAGGCCAUCUUCGCCAUGCUGGCGUCCGUCAUGAACAAGGACGGCAUGCUGGUGGCCUGCGGCAGCGGCUUCAUCACCCGCGAGUUCCUCAAGAGCCUGCGCAAGCCCUUCUGCGACAUCAUGGAGCCCAAGUUCGACUUCGCCAUGAAGUUCAACGCCCUGGAGCUGGACGACAGCGACAUCGCCCUGUUCGUGGCGGCCAUCAUUUGCUGCGGAGAUCGCCCAGGCCUCCUGCACGUGGGACAGAUCGAGAAGAUGCAGGAGGGCAUCGUGCACGUGCUCCGGCUGCACCUGCAGGGCAACCACCCCGACGCCGCCUUCCUCUUCCCCAAGCUGCUGCAGAAGAUGGCGGACCUGCGGCAGCUGGUCACGGAGCACGCGCAGCUGGUGCAGGUCAUCAAGAGGACCGAGGCGGACGCCGCGCUGCACCCGCUGCUGCAGGAGAUCUACCGCGACAUGUACUGAGGCCCGAGCGCAGGAGCCGCUCCGCAGCUGCAGAGAGGGGAGCGAGGCCCGGCCACGCCCUGGGCCCGGGACCCAUCCCUACCGCCGGCCUCCCCCGGCCUCGCCCUCUGUAGCCGGGAGCGGGCAGCGGCAGCGGGGGAAGCCUGCCCGGCAUCAGUCCAUCAGAUGUCCUGACAGCGCCCUCGCGACUCCCACUGAACACCCCGACCUCACAGCGGCGGGCUG